CCGAGCCACAUGGUUCCAGUUGGGCGCCGAACCCCACCAGGACGGAUAGGAAACCCACAGCUGUGGGACGCUCCGCACGGAACCGCCUCCAGCGAGGGAGGCCGGGGGACUGCAGCACCGAGAUGAAGGGCUAGACCGCGGGAUCGCUGCUCAUGCGACGGCCGGGAGCGCCUGCGAGCUGGAUUUGGUGGAGGAUGCUGCGGCAGGUGCUUCGCAGAGGGCUCCAGUCGUUCUGCCACAGGCUGGGCUUGUGCGUGAGCCGGCACCCGGUCUUUUUCCUCACCGUGCCCGCAGUCCUGACCAUCACCUUCGGCCUCAGCGCGCUCAACCGCUUCCAGCCCGAGGGCGACCUGGAGCGCCUGGUCGCUCCCAGCCACAGCCUGGCCAAGAUCGAGCGCAGCCUGGCCAGCAGCCUUUUCCCCCUGGACCAGUCCAAAAGCCAGCUCUAUUCGGACUUACACACCCCUGGGAGGUAUGGCAGGGUGAUCCUCCUCUCCCCACCCGGGGACAAUAUUUUGCUCCAGACUGAGGGGAUCCUGCAGACCCACCGAGCCGUGCUGGAAAUGAAGGUGAACCACAAGGGCUAUAAUUAUACUUUUUCCCAUCUGUGUGUGUUGAGAAAUCAGGAUAAGAAAUGCGUGCUGGAUGAUAUUAUUUCAGUGCUAGAGGAUCUCAGGCAGGCUGCCGUCUCCAAUAAGACAACAGCCAGGGUGCAAGUGAGGUAUCCCAACACUAAAUUAAAGGAUGGGAGGAACAGUUUUAUUGGACACCAACUGGGCGGGGUAGUGGAAGUGCCAAACAGCAAGGACCAGCGGGUCAAGUCAGCCAGAGCCAUUCAAAUCACCUACUACCUCCAGACCUAUGGCUCUGCCACCCAAGACCUCAUAGGGGAGAAGUGGGAGAAUGAGUUCUGUAAGCUUAUGAGGAAGCUGCAGGAGGAGCACCAGGACCUCCAGCUCUACUCGCUGGCAUCCUUUAGCCUCUGGAGAGACUUUCACAAGACCAGCAUCCUGGCCAGGAGCAAGGUCCUAGUGAGCCUCGUGCUGAUCCUGACCACAGCCACCCUCUCCAGCUCCAUGAAGGACUGUUUGCGUGGCAAGCCCUUCCUGGGCCUCCUGGGGGUGCUCACCGUGUGCAUCUCCAUCGUCACAGCAGCUGGGAUCUUCUUCAUCACUGAUGGAAAGUACAAUUCCACCCUGUUGGGAAUCCCGUUCUUCGCCAUGGGUCACGGAACAAAAGGAGUCUUUGAGCUUCUGUCUGGAUGGCGGAGAACCAAAGAGAAUUUGCCCUUCAAAGACAGGGUAGCAGAUGCCUACUCAGAUGUAAUGGUGACCUACACCAUGACCAGCUCCCUGUACUUUAUUACCUUUGGCAUGGGUGCCAGCCCAUUCACCAACAUAGAGGCUGUGAAGAUCUUCUGUCAGAACAUGUGCGUCUCCAUCCUGUUGAACUACUUCUACAUUUUCUCCUUCUUUGGCUCCUGUCUGGUCUUUGCUGGCCAACUAGAGCAAAACCGCUACCACAGCAUCUUUUGCUGUAAGAUCCCGUCCGCAGAAUACCUGGACCGCAAGCCCGUGUGGUUCCAGACGGUGAUGAGCGACGGGCAUCAGCAGACGUCCCAUCACGAGACGAACCCCUACCAGCAUCAUUUCAUUCAGCACUUCCUCCGCGAGCAUUACAACGAGUGGAUUACCAAUAUCUACGUGAAGCCAUUUGUUGUCAUCCUCUAUCUCAUCUACGCUUCCUUCUCCUUCAUGGGGUGCUUGCAGAUCAGUGACAGAGCCAACAUCAUCAAUCUCCUAGCCAGUGAUUCCCCAAGCGUUUCCUAUGCCAUGGUUCAGCAGAAAUAUUUCAGCAACUACAGCCCCGUGAUAGGAUUCUACAUCUAUGAGCCCCUAGAGUACUGGAACAGCAGCGUCCAGGAGGACCUGCGGAGACUCUGUAGUGGGUUCACUGCAGUGUCCUGGGUGGAGCAGUAUUACCAGUUCCUGAAAGUUAGCAACAUCAGUGCCAAUAACAAGAGUGACUUUAUCAGUGUCCUCCAGAGUUCCUUUUUAAAAAAGCCAGAGUUCCAGCAUUUUCGAAACGAUAUCAUCUUCUCCAAGGCAGGGGAUGAAAACAACAUCAUUGCUUCUCGCUUGUAUCUGGUGGCCAGGACCAGCAGAGACAAGCAGAAGGAAGUCAUAGAAGUGUUGGAAAAGCUGAGGCCCCUGUCCCUGUCGAAGAGCAUCCGAUUCAUCGUGUUCAACCCCUCCUUUGUGUUCAUGGACCAUUACGGCUUAUCUGUCACAGUGCCUGUUCUGAUUGCAGGCUUUGGUGUUCUCCUGGUGUUGAUCCUGACUUUUUUCCUGGUGAUCCAUCCUCUGGGAAACUUCUGGCUAAUUCUUAGCGUCACCUCAAUUGAGCUGGGCGUUCUGGGCUUAAUGACAUUAUGGAACGUCGACAUGGAUUGCAUUUCUAUCUUGUGCCUUAUCUACACUCUAAAUUUCGCCAUUGACCACUGUGCACCACUGCUUUACACAUUUGUAUUAGCAACUGAGCACACGCGAACACAAUGUAUCAAAACCUCCCUGCAAGAGCAUGGGACAGCCAUUUUGCAAAAUGUUACUUCUUUUCUUAUUGGGUUGGUCCCCCUCCUUUUUGUGCCUUCGAACCUGACCUUCACACUGUUCAAAUGCUUGCUGCUCACUGGGGGUUGCACACUUCUGCACUGUUUUGUUAUCUUACCUGUGUUCCUAACCUUUUUCCCCCCUUCCAAAAAGCACCACAAGAAAAAGAAACGUGCCAAACGAAAGGAGAGAGAGGAAAUUGAAUGCAUAGAAAUUCAAGAGAACCCUGAUCACGUCACCACCGUCUGAAGGGUAUAGACUAAUGGAUUAUUUUUCUUUUCCAGUAUUGCACAACGAUGCAGGGCAGGUAAAGUUCAGACCUCAGCUGCUUGGGCUGGCCAGGGGUAACAAGGCAAGUCAGAUCAAGAGUGAGUUAUUCAUGACACACCAAGGUGUCCACUUCUUGGGUGGAAGAGGGACUCAAAGAAGGGCAAAGUUCUUUGCAACCUUGUUCUCCACUAAAGAUAAGUUUCUGGAUGUUAUCUUAGCGCUCCUCCAAGGAAUGGAUGAGUCAAUGGAGUGUUAGAAGGUCAAAGGAACCAGUUGCUUUUAAAAUAAAAUGCUUAGGAGAGAUGGAGAAGAGAGGAUGGGGGCCUCCAAAUAGCAGAAAAGACAUAGGAAAUGUCAAAAUUGCCAUGGCACUUUUCACAUUUGUUUUUUGAACAGGUUGGUCAAAGGAAACCUAUGCACUUGGGAAGUACGUAUUUAAUCUCGUCUAAACCAAAGGACUUCCCGAUCCAUUUUAUAUGUACAUAUAUAUGUAUAUAUGCCGUAUAUACAUAUACUUAGAUUUGUCUUUAGGGUACCUUGGUGUUUGUUUAGAGGGAGGUGUCCAUUUGCAGAAGGCUGGCCUUUCUCUGAAAAGUCCAGUCAGCCUUAGCCAAAUAUAGAUGCAUUAAUGGCCAUUCAAAAUCAAUUCAAGUGUUGCAGCAGCAAGCGUAUUAUUCAGCUGUGCAAUAAGCAACAUAAACAGAGAGGCGAGCCCAUUGCAUUCACAUAUCGUGUUGUCAGUCUUGGAGAUUCUUGCUUUGGAUGACUUGGCAGAACACACAAAAUGCAUUAGAAUGAAGUACCACGUGGACAAGGUUUAAAAUCUCAUGUUAGGGCUAAAUAGUUGAUAUGGCUUUUCAUUGGCUUUUAAUGCUUCUCUGUAAUUGGGAAGGCUGAUUUGGCUGCUUUCAGGGAGCUCACCCACUGCAAAUGAGCACGCUGCACGUAUUGUCCAUACACUUGUGUAUAUGGGUGCACACGUGUGUGUGUGUGUGUGCGUUGUGCGUGUGUAUAAGAGAGAGUCAGAGUAUUCCAUAGUUACAGUGUUCUCAUUUCAGAUGGUGAAAAUAUACUGCCAUGGAAUAUAGAUAACUAACACAGCAGAAAGUGGACAUAACUAAGAAACUUGUAGAAUGACAUUGAGUAAAGGGGCCAUCACCACUCAUCAUGCACCCCCACUGGUUCUUAGCCUAAAGAAAAUACUCUAAUUCUACAAAGUCUAGUGUGUUCCUUGCAUUACCAUCUGGAACGUUAACCCAGGCCACUAUCACUAAAGUAGUGGUCUCUAGAACUACUGCAGUGUUGUUUUGGAGCUUCCUGCAGUGUCUUUGUUCUUGUUACCUGAAAAGUGCCUGUCUGUUGGCCGGCCUCCCAGGGUGACAGUAGCUCUCCACAGGUGACCUGUGAACUGUGACUGCUGCUGAAUUCUCCCUCAGAAAAAUUACCGAGGUAAACGGUUCCCGUGUGUUAAAAUUUAAAACUGCUCCCCGGCAGAGAGACUCAGUCUGUUGAGGGCUUCCUUGGCUUAAUGCUGUGCUUCCUGACACAGACAAUUGCUAGAAGAAGCCUUUCCCCAUGCCAAGCAGUAAAACAAAUUAAUUUUCAGGUAGGACUGAACAAAUGUCCAGUGAUUAUGAAAUCUGCUCAUCAGCUCUUUUAUCUGGAAGAGAGCUGUUUCCCACCCACUUUGGUUACAUAUUUUCACUGAGUUCAGAAUAUUAAAAUCUAAGACAAGCAAGUGAACAAAAAACUUCUGGACUCGAUUAGGCUCAGAAAGAGAUACACACCCUUCCAUUCUGGUUGCAGUGUCUGGAAAUGAAGUUGGUAGCUUAAUAAAGUAAUACAGCAGCAAAACAAGUGUACUUUUACAAAUAAGGCAUUUACCGGAAUAUUAAGAGAAAGGGGAACUGUGUCUACAAUGACAAACAUUUAACUGAAUUUUAUUUUAUUAAAUGGAGUUUGUUUUGUCCUACCUUGAGGUUCUCAAGUUUCUAUUAGAAACGACCCACGUCUUCUCAAUGGUGUUCAAUGCAAGCGAAAUAUGAAUAGAUCGAGUAUGGACAGUAAUUGCCGUAACAUGAGAUUCUUGGUCUUAGGUUAUUUGUAAAGUCAUGAACUGCUUUACUAGGAUGAAGUGGUAUUUGGCACCAGCAGACCUGCAGACCAUGAUCUUGUAUCCGAAGUGGAAGUUUCUGAGGCCUUGGGGUUUUUUUGGUGCGGGAGAAGGGACUCCUCUUUCACAGUUUACUCAUCAUUCCUGAAGAUUUGUUUUACGUCCCUUUCAAAAGAUGGGAGGUCAUCAACGGAGAAACUAUACCAUCAAGUCUAUUUCUUUCCCACAUGUGCCAUACUUCAUCAAUUUUCCAAUUUUUACAAAGUUUGCCUAUUGGGGUCAUUUUUUUUUCUUGACUACCUUAGACAACUCCACAUGCAAAGAAGAUCGCCAGGCUGGUUUAUAAAGAAAGACUCAAGCAUGCUGGUUGCCAAGCGCAUCUGAGGAUAAUGGCUUAACUGCCCAGCCACUGGGGCAGUUCCAGUAUCCUGCCUCCAUCCAAAUAGUCUCUAUGUGGACGGGGAAAAGCAAUUCUUCUUUAGGUUAUGUCUUCAAAGAUCAGAGUGGGAGUUCCCGUCGUGGCGCAGUGGUUAACGAAUCCGACCAGGAACCAUGAGGUUGCGGGUUCGGUCCCUGCCCUUGCUCAGUGGAUUAACGAUCUGGCGUUGCCGUGAGCUGUGGUGUAGGUUGCAGAUGCGGCUCAGAUCCCGUGUUUCUGUGGCUCUGGCGCCUACGGCUCCGAUUAGACCCCUAGCCUGGGAAUCUCCAUAUGCCGUGGGAGCGGCCUAAGAAAUAGC